CACUCGACUUUAUGUUAUCGAUAAAGAGAAUUAUUUACGAGAUAGUGGUAGCUUUUGUAUACGGAUUCUGCGUUGAGUGCGUGCAUGGCAGGACCAAGAAAACUUUCGCUCGUUCGUUAGCCCUAGGUGAAUGAUAAACGAGGCAUCCUGUAGAUUUACGGACGUCGACGAGCGCUUCGGUAAGGACACGGAUGCACGGCGCUACGUGGUUCACUCCAGUCCCAGUUCGUUCAGUUGGACCAACUCAGUGAUAGUGUGAAUCUCUCGUGCAAUAGACGCUGUCCGGACAAUUGGGCUUUUCGCUUGCUCGCGUUGUGUUCGAUUCGUUUUAGUUUAGUGCAAGUGCUGGGUACUGUUCCCGUGUUUUCAGUUCCCCCUUCACGUGAUAGUUUCCGAUAGCCUUCCGACCAUGGCCAGCGAUAGUGAGUCCAAGGAAAUUAUCGAGCUCAAUGUCGGCGGCGUGCACUACACGACCACCUUCGCCACGCUCCUCACUGAUAAGAACUCGCUCCUCUACGAAAUAUUUUCCGAUGCAAAAUCGAACGGAAUUAAGGAUAGCAAAGGAAGGUACUUCCUCGACCGGGACGGGGUGCUUUUUCGAUACAUAUUGGACUUCCUGCGAGAUAAACAAAUUCACCUUCCGGAAGGAUUUCGGGAGCGCGCACGUUUGAGGAAGGAAGCAGAACAUUUCCGUCUGGACUCGAUGGUCGAGUGCAUGCAACAAGAGCGUGAUGCUAGGCCGAGUGGAUCAAUUACGAUCGGAUAUCGGGGGAGCUUCCAGUUCGGCAAGGACGGUCUGGCGGACGUGAAAUUCCGAAAACUCUCCAGACUCCUGGUCUGCGGAAGAGUGGCUCUGUGCCGUGAUGUGUUCGGCGACACCUUGAAUGAAUCCCGAGAUCCUGACCACGGCGGUCCGGAUCGCUACACGUCCCGCUUCUUCCUCAAGCACUGCUUCAUCGAGCAGGCAUUCGACAUGCUGCACGAGCAAGGAUUUCGUAUGGCCGGAAGCUGUGGCUCAGGAACAGCUGGGUCAGUGGCCGAACCCAAGCCUGGUGUCGAUGCUGAGGAGAAUCGCUGGAAUCAUUACAAUGAAUUCGUUUUCGUCCGCGACUAAAGUUGAGAAAGUAUUCGUUGUUAUGGGCAGAAUUCGCGUAGAGCAAACCCUGUGGGCCCGGUCCACUUCUCCACUCAACAUCGCCUUAUACAGAAGACACGAGAACUCAAAACCAACACCUUUAGUAAUAAUACUUGGUCAAACACAUAAUAGACAUCCUAGAAGCUUAUGACUAUGUAUGUAUGUAUAAUAUCAGAUUCAUGUUCACAAGCCAAGUUGAAGAAAAAAGUUAAAUUUUUGAAAAACAACACUAAAAGGACGAAACAAAAAAGCAAAUCAAACAACAAUCAUCCUCCAAUCGAGUUGAAAAUCUUUUGGGAGAAUUUUAGACCAUAUCUUUUGUAGUGAAUCAAAAAUGAAUAAUAAAGUAAAUAUGUAACAAAAAUAGAAAACAUUUGUGAGAUAGUAACAACAGAAAACCAUUCAUUCUCGGCAUCAUUUAGUAGUUAAAAUACAAUACUUUGUAGAUUAGGUUCGUCGACUAAGAUACAAAAAAGGAUAAAAAGAUGGAAUCAGAUUAAGUGAAAAAAAAAUUGCUGCAAAAUAGU